CUUACCAAUCUCGUACACACGCUAGUAUGGCCAAUUCUUCGGUCGGAGCGCCGUCGUCUCGUGACGCAUGCAGCCAAAGACUUCCGCACCCGUCCAGCUUUCUUUCCACUACGACGGGGCGAAAAUCGACAAAAAGCGGUGUUGCCAAAGCCCAGGAAGCCAUCGUUCUCUCCCAAGCGACUUCCCAGGCAAUCGUUGCCGCACGGUCGAUUCUGGAAUCGGGCGGAUCGGAAGCAACAGCUCUGUCGACGGCCAAGGCAGCAGCACAAUCAAUUCUAAUCCCCUUUUUGUCCGAUACCGAACAUGGAGCCAGCAAAUUGUUCCUGGGACGACGAAAAGCCAAACGACAAGCAGACAUUAUUGCCUCCAUGGCUAUCUUAUCCGUUACGAAUGGAUCCAACGAAUCGGAGGGUUCCGCAGUCAGAGACAAUGAAGCUCCCACGUUUAUGCAACACCGAAUCGGACCGAGUGGACUACCCGGCUACUCUUGCUCCAGGAAAAAACAUCCCAGUCAUUGCGAGUCCUCCGUGCGACGAGGAGACAACAAUUCCACUUUGAGGAUUAAGCCCAAACACUCCUACCCACCAGAUCGUGAGAGACCGUAUUGCAAAGAGAAGGCACGUCACGGGGCCGGAUUUUUGAAUUCUAGGCGUGGACACGUGAAAGACGCCGGUCGAUCCCACCCGAACGACCUCGCGGCCCGCUAUCCCGACCAGGAUCCAAUCUACUGCUCUCCGUCCCACAAAAGUACACUUGCAAAGCAACGCAACAAGUUUCCCUCCUAUAGCUCGGAAACAGACGACGAAACUAGAAGCCGAAUACUGGGAAUAAGGGGUUCAGGGAGUGCUGAUUACAUAGUGUACGGCUCUGGAACGAUUGAUACAACAGAUCAGCCCGUUCAUACCUCAACAUUGAUGACCAUCUGGUGGACGCGUAUACCGAUCAAGGAAGAUCGCGAUCAGGAUGACACUUUCCGGCACGAAAGCGUCAAUGAGAGGGUAGAGUCCUCCAGUUCCGCCAACGCUAAUGAUGUUCUGCGCAAGCUCGUCAGUUCUUCUUCGGAUGAGAAGGGCCGCAAAGAGACAUCAAUCAAACCGCGAAUUCGAGAGUCAAUUGAGCAGACUGUACUGCGAGCACUAUCAGGCGGUGUUGUGCCUCCUCAGUGGGGCGCAGAGGCCGUAGGUAUAGUAGCCGAUGCUCCUUCCGAUCGGAUAUUCCAAUCACGAGCAAUCCGGGAGGAAGAUCUGUUUACGGGUGUGCAACCGAGCGAGCCCCCGUCACCUUUCACAGCAACAUACAGCAGAAGCAAAAUGCUGAGUCACAAACCACGCUUCCGCAAGUGGGUCACAAUGCGCAAAAAAAGCAAAGACAAUCACGAGAAUGCAAUAGUUGCAUUCUCUGAUUAA